GCUAUGGAGGGAAGAAAUAACACAGCUAUGACCUAUUUCAUUCUGGUUGGGCUUUCAGGGCACCCAAGAGCCCAAGUCAUCUUGUUCUGCCUACUCCUGGUGUCCUACCUUAUCAUAUUGCUUGGAAACAGCCUCAUUCUCUUCUUGGUCCAGUAUGAUUCUAGGCUCCACAACCCCAUGUAUUUCUUCCUAAGCAACCUAUCGUUUCUGGAUAUCUGUUUCACCUCAGCUAGCAUCCCUCAAAUGAUCAUUAAUUGCCUUGUCAGAAUGCCUGUCAUCUCAGCAGGCCAGUGCGUGGCACAGCUUUGCGCCCUUCUCUACUUGGUGGUUGUGGAAUGCCUCUUGCUGGCUGUCAUGGCCUAUGAUCGCUGCAUAGCAAUUAGUGACCCCUUGCGCUACCCAGUAAGGAUGCACAACCAGUUCUGUAUCCAGCUGUCAGCACUAUCAUGGGUCUUAGCCUUUUUCUUCUCAAUCGUCCCAACUGUGGCCAUGCCACUGGAGUUAUGCAGCAACAUCAUCAACCACUUCUUCUGUGAGGUCUUGGCAGUCAUUAAACUUGCUUGCAGUGAUCUACAGUUGAAUGAAUUGGUGAUGAUGGCCACCAGCUCCCUGACUCUCCUGGUACCCUUUGUUUUCAUCCUUGCCUCCUAUGGGCGCAUCCUUGGGGCUGUCUUGAAGAUUCGCUCAACUGAGGGCAGGAAGAAGGCUUUCUCCACCUGCAGCUCCCACCUCACAGUGGUGGUCAUCUUCUAUGGAACAGCCAUGGCCAUGUACAUGAUGCCCCAGGACAAGACCAGCAGGGACCAAGAUAAGCUUGUCUCCCUCUUAUAUGGUGUUGUGACACCUAUGCUCAAUCCCCUCAUCUAUAGCCUUAGAAACAAAGAUGUGAAGGAGGCUCUGAGAAAACUACAGGGAGAGAAAAAAGUCCCCUAA